AUGGGUCUACCCGAAAAUCAUACAAGAUUCAAAGAUCUCUGCCGCAAACUCGUUCAACCAUUAGAAAAUAUGUCUGCGGUUGAAGAUGAAAUUGAUGUACCCGUAAUGGAGGAUGAGCAUCUACUUGAAAAUUUACGGCAAACAGCAUAUCGUCUCGAUUUAUAUACCGAUGAGGAUAACUGUCUGCAAUUUAUUAAUGCAAAUCCUGACAAAAAGAUCUUUCUUGCAAUAUCCGGCUCCAUGGGCCAAACAUUUAUACCAAAAAUAUUUGAUUUACCGCAGAUCGAGGGUUUUAUUGUUUACUGUGGCAACAAACAGAUACACGGAGAAUGGGCAAAGGAAUAUGUUGAAAAACUUAAAGCAAUAGUCGAUUUUCCCGAUGAUUUUUUAUAUCAUAUGGCAAAAUCUUCUAUAAGUGAUUAUUUAGAAACGAAAGGGGAUAAUUAUAUGGCAGAACGCGAAACAUUUCAAGCAAAAAAUUGUUAUGCGUGGUCAAAGAAACUAUUAAUAAGAGCAGGAAAAUAUGGCAAGUUUAAUAUUAAUAGUGAGCUUAAACAAAUUAAUAAGAAAAUUGAGAGAGCAGAGCGAGGACUGGAAGAGGUUAGCCAAUCUUAA